AGUCUAUGCAGUACUGUGAAAUGCUAAACCAUGCAGUACUGUGAAAUGCUAAACCAUGCAGUACUGUGCAAUGCUGAUGCUAUGCUAUAUUGUGCUAUGCUGUGCUCUGUAGCGCCAUUGUGCUAUGCCGUGCUAUACCGUGCUAUGUCAUGCUAUGUCAUGCUCUGUAGUUCCAUUGUGCUAUGCCGUGCUAUAUCGUGCUAUGUCGUGCUAUGUCGUGCUAUAUCAUGCUAUAUCAUGCUAUGUCCUGGUCUCUGUACUGUGCCAUGCCUGCUACAUAAUGCGCUAUGGGAUGCAGUGCGAUGUGCUGCUGCCGGACACCGUUACGGGUCUGAGAAGCAGUUUCAAGUGUUCACGGCGAAAAGAGGAAGUACGGUCCUCCUUUGGCAUCAGAUUCUGCCAAACAGUACACUUUGUGAUGGACGGACGAAUUUCGCGAAUCGGAGUCUUCAUUACAUUUGCCACCGCUCGGCGUCAUCUCCUCGAAGUGGAAGUGGAUGCACUGCUGUUGCCACCAACCACACCUCACUCAGAAGGGCGGUGGCCAUCACCAAAGUCGUAGGGGAACGCUCUUCUGCCACAAAGGAAUUAGAAGGAAUGCCUACCUGCAUGGUUCUAGAAGAAGAAGAAGAGAUGGAAGACAAGGGAGCUGCUGCCAAGGAGUCUCAUGAUCGGCGGACGAUGAUGCAAGACGAAGGAAGCAACCAUAACCAUCAUCUAUUCUGUUUUGGGAUGGGGUAUACUUGUAGAGGGCUGUCAAAUCUGCUAGUCAAGAAGAAAGGAUGGAGAGUCUCGGGAACUUGUCGCGAUGAGAAACAACGACAGGCGCUGGAACUACAGGGAUUCAAUUCCUUCUUGUUCAGUGCAUCACACGAUUCGGCGGAUUCUAGUUGCCGGACGAAUAAAUUGAGCGAGGAAGGCAUAUCUGCACUCUUGUCAGCGACGCACUUGCUGAUCUCCAUUCCACCAGCGCUGAGUCGGGGUUUGGACCCGGAUUUGGUCCUGCAGAUGCAUGCAGAGGAUGUUGCUUGUGCUGCAGGCCAAGGCCGACUUCGGUGGAUAGGCUACCUGAGUACGACGGGGGUUUACGGAGAUAGGCAUGGUGAGUGGGUAGAUGAGGAGGACGAUGUAAAACCAGGGGGCGAUGCGAAAGUAGUCGCAAGGGUCUGUGCGGAGAGAGCGUGGUCGAAACUCGGGGAGAGUAUCGGGUGCCCUGUCCACAUAUUCCGGCUGGGCGGAAUCUAUGGCCCGGGAAGGAGCCUCGCGGAGUCCGUGUCAUCGCACGGCAAGAACUUGAAUUUUUCGGAAGUGGGGUCGAGUGGCAAACAGAGAAGACAGAUGAUCCGCAGAACGAAGCGCUUUGUAUCUCGCUGCCACGUGGCCGAUAUCUGCCACGUACUUGUCAGAAGCAUGGCGAUGCAUGAAAAGCACCAUUCUCCUUGUGUGCCCCCCGGAACCCAAAUUUACAAUGUCGUUGACGACAGCCCUGCCUCGAGAGACGAAGUGAUGGCAUACACAAGGCUUUUGUUAGCAAGGGUUUCAGCUUCAGCUUCUACCGGCAACAACCUAUCGUCUAGUGAUAGUAUGCCUGACAGCCUAGUGAUGGAACGUGGCUCUGCUGCAGGUAGUGGAGAGAGGUUGUGUGAAGAAGUUGAUGCGGAUGGUGGCAGGGGCAACGGACAGAAGAAUGACACGGCGGAUGCCGAUGCCCGUCCUCCUUACAUGCCAAUUGCUGCAGAUCAAAUGGAGGCUCAGACUUCUCAUGAAAGCACCGUUGCGGAAAAGCGAGUGAGGAAUACGAAGAUUAAGAGGGAGUUAGGCGUGAGGCUGCUGCAUCCAGACUACAGGUCAGGGAUGUGGUCAAUUGUUUCUGGCGAUAAUUAUCCUUUCGAUUGAGCUCCCUUUAUUACGUUUUGUGCAUCAUGUCAUAGACGUGUCAUGCAAUAGGUUUCAUCAUCGCAUUUCCCCUGUCCAAGUGUGCUUUGGCCACAACUCUGCCUUCGUCUCCCGAAUACAAAGUACGGUAAUUAUAGCUGUGUAUCUAGACUGAAAGAUGCCUCAAAUUCCGCUAUAAUGACUGGACGUUGUAUUCGGGGGAAGAAGGUUGUAACUAUAUGCCCAGAUACGUAGUACGUAGAUGCGCAGCGGCUUAGCGCAGAGUCGAUGAGGCCCCACAGUUGCAUGGUGCAUGGUGGAGGUCGGCAGUUCAAGUCCCUUUGCCUUCCUCUGGGCCUCUACUACACCCACCCACUUGGACCCUCGGCAUCCAAAUUUGGCCUGAGAUUGCUCAGCGCGCCGCUCUUGCAAGUCCCUUUGCCUUCCUCUGGGCCUCUAAGAGUCAGGCCUAUGUGCAGGGGACAGCAGGUGCGUACUUUGGAUGCGGACCUCGCAACGCUUUUUUUCUGGCGAAGACCGACUCGGAGGCUGGUCCUGGCUGCAAUUGCCAAUGUGCAGACCCCUGGUUGUAAAUGUCAUCCAUAAUCAGAGCUUGGCAGGCGCAGUGGCUAUUAGACCCAUCUGUUGGUGGCAGGGUGGUAUUUUAUAGGGGUUGCCUCUGUUGUGAGCAAGUGGGGGCAAUGCCCCUGAGAGAAAAUCAAAGUCAGGGCAAUGCCCCUGAGAGAAAAUCGAAGUCGGGGCAAUUGCUCUGUGAGGGGGGUCAAAGGCGGGGGGUGUGUUCCUGAUUCAGCCUGAAUCCUGAAUGGUUGAGUUUGAGAGGGGAUUCUGGAGGAGUAUGCUUGCCAUUUGGGAAAGGCGGUGCAGGGGUUGGAGCAGGGGAUUAGGGUGCCAGGAUGGCGUGUAAAUAGGGGACAAGGUCUCCUGUUGGGAGGAAAAUCCAUGCGGGGAAAAGCAAUUUUGUGUCUUUGGUUUCAGGUCUCCAGCAUGCUGUGGCCUGCCUGUGCCUUUGGGCCGCAUCCCCACACUCUCCUAAUCAACUAACUGGGAGGCCCAAAGUGCAAAAAGACAUCUGGCAGUCUGUGCUGCAAAAAGACUAACUGGAUGUAGUUCUGUGCAAGAGAGACAAACCACCAAAGUGCAAAAAGAUGUGAAUGAACAGAGACAUCUAUAGCCUACGAAUGGACCUAUGCUUUGCCCAUGACAGAACCCAGGUGGAUGGACAUUUGCAGAGAAGAGUGUGUGUGAGCGUGUGUAUGUGGGCAGAUGAGAGAGAGAGAGAGAGAGAGAGAGAGAGAGAGAGAGAGAGAGAGAGAGAGAGAGAGAGAGAGAGAGGGGCUGGGAGCUCGUUGGGCCAGAUGCGCAUGACGCCAUAAUGUGCAAAGUAAUGGAAGUAAGAAGUUUCGGAGAGGCUCACAGAGGAUGGUAGGCAAGGCUGAGGUGCCAUAAUUUUCGAGGGAACAUCAGAUGAUGUGCCACUUCUUGCAGCACUGUCCCGUUUUUAGAGGGACAAACAGAAAUGGGCCUACAAAAACGAAAUGAGCUGGAUACAGCAACCAUAGU